AUGGAGUUUGGACGGAUUGUAUCUCUUCUUGUGAUUCUAACAGGUCUGUUGGUUGUUCAAGAAAAGACCACAAGAGUUUCAGCAAGCUCAGAAACAAUUGUCCCAGCAACAGCUACAGAUGUUCCAGCAACUACCGAUAUUUCAACAACUACGGCUAAUCCAGCAACUACAGAUGUUUCAACAACUACGGCUAAUCCAGCAACUACAGAUGUUUCAACAACUACGGCUAAUCCAGCAAUAACUACAAAUGAUUCAUCAACAACUGCAGCCACUCCAUCAAACACUGUAACCACUCCAUCAACAACUGCAACCACUUCAUCAACUGCAACCACUCGAGCAACAAUUGCAACCACUUCAUCGACAACUGCAACCACUUCAUCAACUGCAACCACCCGAGCAACAACUGCGACCACUUCAUCAACUGCAACCACUCGAGCAACAACUGCAACCACUUCAUCGACAACUGCAACCACUCGAGCAACAACUGCAACCACUCAAGCAACAACUGCAACUACUUCAGCAACAACUGCAACUUCAGCAACAAAUAUGGGUGCUCCAUCAACAGCUGAAACCGCUCCAGCAACAACCCCAGAUGUUCCAACGAUGACUCCAGAUGUCUCAACUACAACCAGCGCUGCUCCGAGACACAAGAUCGCAACUGCUCCAGCGACAACUACAGCAGAGAUGACAACCACAGCUGUUCCAUCAACCACCACAACCCCUCCAAUAACUACAUCAACAAAAACAACCACAACCCCUCCAACAACUACAUCAACAAAAACAACCACAACCCCUCCAACAACUACAUCAACAACAACAACCACAACCCCUCCA